AUGCGGGCCGGCUUAGUGGGACAGCGUGCGAUAAAAUUGUUGAUCACGUCGGCAUCGAUACUUAUAUUCUUUCAAGGGGCACUCGCCAUCGUAACACACCAAUUUUUGGCAAACCUGCUUUUAACACACGAUCCCGUUCGCAAGCAGAAACACUUGGAUUAUAGCAAAAAGAGCUUUAUCCUGUUACUGAUUACUAUCUUGGAUAUCGUCGCCCCUUCAAAGGUUAGGAUUACUACGGAUAGUUGCUCGAUCCCACAAAAUUUUGUGGUAAAUGACCUCAAAACAGGAGGACUGUUAUCAGGUCUCAAAAGAAAGUCUGUGAUUAUUUCUAACCAUCAAAUCUACACCGAUUGGGUAUUUCUGUGGUGGCUGACUUAUACAGGAGGUUUAGCAGGAAAUGUGUUCAUUAUGCUAAAGAAAUCACUCGAACGUAUACCGAUCAUGGGAUAUGGGAUGAAAAACUUCAAGUUCAUUUUUAUGAAUCGAAAGUGGAGUAAGGACAAGAUUAAUCUGGCCAACAGGCUGAAUGAUAUGGACCACAAUGCCCGGGGCGUCGGAGAAUUAGCGGGCAAGAGAUUUAAAUCCAAAACAGCAGAUGGACUCGAGGUUUGGUCAGAUAAUGACCCCGAUGACGUUAACACUAAAGAAAUUAGCUGGCCAUAUUCGCUGAUUAUUUUCCCCGAAGGUACCAAUUUGAGCCAAAACACCAGAAACAAGAGCGAAAUAUUCGCUUCAAAAGCAAACUUAUCUAACUUCAAAAAUUUGGUCAUUCCUCGAGUGACUGGAUUGAGGUUUGCUCUUCAAAACUUAAAAAAUAGCUGUGAGGUAGUGUAUGACGCUACUAUAGGCUAUUCCGGAGUCAAGCAACAUGAAUAUGGGCAAGACAUUUAUAAGCUUGGAAACAUAUUUCUGAAGGGCCAUUCACCAGAACUGGUAGAUAUCCAUCUUAGGGCUAUUGACCUGCAUGACAUACCCAUUGAUGAUGAAAAAGAGUUUACUGAGUGGCUGCUCAACGUGUGGAGAGAGAAAGACGAACUGCUGAAUUAUUACUAUUCUACGGGAACUUUUUCGAAGGAUGAUGCUAGGACCCAAAUUGUUACAGGUUCAUGUAGAAUCAAGAAGGCAGAAAUGGGUCAAAUCUUGGCUAUUCCCUUCUUGAGCUUCUUUAUGCUUGCCCUUUAUUUUUGGAAUAAGUAUACUUGA